AUGAAGUUGAACAUUGCCAACCCAGCCACUGGCUGUCAAAAAUUAAUUGAAAUCGAAGAUGAACGUCGUCUAAUAGAUAUGGAAAGUAACGAUUAUGCAUGCAGCUUCCCGGCCGUCGAAAUCUAUAAGAUCAGUAUCAGUGUAGAACAGUUUAUGCUCAAUUGUUAUCCUUUUAUGGCUGUUAUUGUUUAUGCAUCAAUGCUGCCAAUAAGCGAAAGUCGUGGCUUCUACGAUAAGCGUAUGGCACAAGAAGUCUCCGGUGACUCCCUUGGUGACGAAUUCAAGGGUUAUGUUUUCCGUAUCACCGGUGGUAACGACAAGCAAGGUUUCCCCAUGAAGCAAGGCGUUCUUUUACCUCACCGUGUUAAGCUCUUGAUGUCCAAGGGCCACUCUUGUUACCGUCCUCGCCGUACUGGUGAACGUAAGAGAAAAUCUGUCCGUGGUUGUAUUGUUGGCUCUGAUCUUUCUGUCUUAUCCCUUGUUGUUGUUAAGCAAGGUGAACAAGAUAUUCCUGGUCUUACUGAUACUACCGUCCCUAAGCGUCUUGGUCCCAAGCGUGCCUCCAAGAUUAGAAAGUUCUUUAACUUGAGCAAGGAAGAUGAUGUUCGUAAGUACGUUAUUCGUCGUGAAGUUCAACCCAAGACCGAAGGUAAGAAGCCUUACACCAAGGCUCCUAAGAUCCAACGUCUUGUUACUCCUCUUACUCUUCAACGUAAGAGACAUAGACAAGCUAUCAAGCGUAGAAGAGCAGAAGCUUCUCGUGAAGCUGAAGCCGAAUAUAAGCAAUUGCUCGCUAAGCGUGUCAAGGAACAAAAGCAAGAAAAGGCUGAACGUCGUCGCACAUCUUCUAUGCAAAAGUCUGCCUCUGCUUGAAUGUAGUUCUUGAUUUCAACUUACACAUUUGACAUACUUCCAUGAUAUAUAUACACGCUCCUCUUUCGACUAUUUUCUCCAUUUGGGAUAAAUUGCAAAGACCUACUACAGUAGCAUAACUUUUACCUUCUCGCUUUCUGCUCUUCUCAAUCAUCUUUCACAUAAUAAAAAGUAUUUUAUUAGGAAAGAUACAGGAUCAAAGCUUCAGCAUUUUGAAGAAAACCGUGCAGUGGGCAUAAGCAAACUGAAAGUGAA